CACAACCCCAUCCCAAAUACUCUGCAGCGAACGACCGACGACGAGCGAGAACGAGCGACGAGCGGCGAAACUCCGGCGAUUCCUCCCUAUCUUGUCAAUACUACUUCACUUCCAUCUUCUUCAACACUCUAGAAUAUGGAUUUCUCAAACUUCCCAAUUGUGUGUCAUUGGGGAGGGAACGUAUAUGAGGAAGGUGGUCAAAUACGCCAUGAAGGUGGUAGAAGCAACUUUGUCAUUGUUUCUCGUGGCGCAUGUCUGCUUGAAAUGCUGCAAAAAAUCUUUGUAGUUACACAGAUUCCUCCUAACCGGUCUUUGCGCUUGAAAAUGAAAUUUUCCAUGAACGGGGAAAAUUACAUGCUUAUUCCACUUCUUGAUGAGCUAGCUGUGACAAAUAUGUGGAUGAUAAUUGACAUGGAGAGUAUGUCCUCGCUGGAGAUAUACAUUGAGAAAUCCAUUGGUGACUCUUCUACAGCUCCGACAACAUCAAAUGAUGUUGUAUCUAGGCAUGGUGUCAAUGCAGGUUUCAAUGCAGGGAACUCCUCUAAUGCUACUGUACUGGACAUGGUUAUAGAGGAAGAUGGUAUAUAUUUGCACAAUGGUGCAUCAUUUGUGGAUGGGCAGGGCAGUGAUGAUGAUGCUAACGAGAACAUCAAUGGUGAUGACAUGACAGAAUCUGAUGAAGAUGAUGGCGAUACUGUCAGAGCAACUGCCCCGUAUAGCCACUUUACUAGAAUAUAUGAUCUCCUGAAGACUUUAUUGAUGCCUGGAUGAGUGGAGCGGGUAUGAAAAGUUUUACACCCGAAGGUGAGUUUGAAGUUGGUCAACAGUUUGACAACAAAGAACAAGUCAUCAAUAUGGUGAGCUUGUAUUCUAUCAAACGAAAACAAUUUUAUCGGGUGAUGGAGUCCGAUAAACACAAAUGGGUGGCAGAGUGCAAGAGGAAGAAAGAAUGUGAUUGCCCCUAGAGAAUACGCGUCACAAAGAACAAAGGCAACCUCGACAGCUUCACAGUUGUGUGUUAUCCUGGACCUCAUUCUGCCACAUGUGUUGGCAACACCGACAGUACCGAUCACGUGGCGAUGACUUCUGAUUUCAUUGCUAAAGAUGUGAUUGACAGUCUUCGCACUGAUCCUUCCCUUAAAGUGCAUACUAUCAUUGAGAUGCUGAAGGAAAAAUAUGGGUAUACGGUAUCGUACAGGAGAACAUGGAUGGGGAACACAAAAGGCAUUGCAGAAAUAUUUGACGGUUCGGAGAAGUCAUAUUCUGAAUUGCCCCAUUUCAUAACCGCGCUCCAACAUUCCAAUCCUGGAACUGUUGUAAACUUG